GCGUGUGUCCCAUCUGAAACAAAGGGUCUCUUCGUGUAUUUUUUGCAUAAACUCGAUAAGCAGACCUACCCUCAAGAGGAACUUAUACACAAUCCAGUGUAUGGCCUAUAAUAUGAAUAUAAUCAUGGAACGCCUCAAAUGGCUAAUGCUGUACGCAGCUGUUGGCCUUAUUGUUUGCGGCAGUCAGAGUCUGGCUGCUAGCCCCCCCGAUGCCGACCAGAAAGGACCAGUUUUCCUCAAGGAGCCCACCAACCGUAUCGACUUUUCCAACUCCACCGGCGCCGAGAUUGAGUGCAAGGCCAGCGGAAACCCCAUGCCCGAGAUUAUCUGGAUCCGUAGUGAUGGUACAGCCGUGGGUGAUGUUCCCGGUCUACGUCAGAUCUCCUCAGACGGCAAACUGGUGUUCCCACCUUUCCGUGCCGAGGACUACCGUCAGGAGGUUCAUGCCCAGGUCUACGCCUGUCUGGCCCGCAACCAGUUUGGAUCAAUUAUUUCCCGGGAUGUUCAUGUUCGAGCCGUCGUUUCGCAACACUACGAAGAGGAUAUACACAAGGCGUUUGUAAUCCGCGGAAAUUCCGCCAUCUUAAAGUGUGAUAUACCGUCGUUUGUAGCCGAUUUCGUAAAUGUUAUAUCCUGGCAUAGCGAUGAGCAGGAGAAUUUCUAUCCAGGCACUGAAUAUGAUGGCAAAUAUCUGGUACUACCCUCUGGAGAACUGCAUAUCCGCGAAGUUGGACCCGAGGAUGGAUACAAGAGCUACCAGUGCCGCACCAAGCAUCGUCUGACUGGAGAGACCAGGUUGAGUGCCACAAAGGGACGAUUGGUCAUUACAGAGCCCGUUGGUGCCAAGGCCCCAACCUUCUCUGGCGAGUCCAAGAGCUUUACUUUUGUCAAAGAGAUCUCCACUAGUUUCGCCUUGCUAUGUCAGGCCCAGGCAUUUCCCGUACCCAUUAUAAGAUGGUACAAAUUUAUUGAGGGAACUACCCGCAAGCAGGCCGUUGUCUUGAAUGACCGAGUGAAACAGGUUUCCGGAACUCUGAUUAUCAAGGACGCAGUGGUCGACGACUCCGGCAAGUACUUGUGUGUGGUCAACAAUUCCGUGGGUGGCGAGAGUGUCGAGACAGUUCUCACCGUGACCGCCCCCCUUUCGGCCAAGAUCGAUCCCCCCACCCAGACCGUUGACUUUGGACGUCCCGCCGUAUUCACCUGCCAGUACACCGGCAACCCCAUCAAGACUGUCAGCUGGAUGAAGGACGGUAAGGCGAUCGGACACAGCGAGCCAGUGCUGCGCAUCGAAUCCGUGAAGAAGGAGGACAAGGGCAUGUACCAGUGCUUCGUGCGAAACGACCAGGAAUCUGCCGAGGCCAGUGCUGAACUGAAGCUGGGAGGACGCUUCGACCCGCCCGUCAUCCGCCAGGCCUUCCAGGAGGAGACCAUGGAGCCCGGCCCAAGUGUAUUCCUGAAGUGUGUGGCUGGCGGCAACCCAACCCCCGAGAUUUCCUGGGAACUCGACGGAAAGAAGAUUGCCAACAACGAUCGGUAUCAGGUUGGACAGUAUGUCACGGUCAACGGAGAUGUGGUUUCCUAUCUGAACAUCACCUCGGUCCAUGCCAACGAUGGAGGUCUCUACAAGUGCAUAGCUAAGAGCAAGGUGGGCGUGGCUGAUCACUCUGCCAAGCUGAAUGUCUACGGCCUGCCCUACAUCCGUCAAAUGGAGAAGAAGGCCAUCGUGGCUGGCGAGACUCUGAUCGUCACCUGUCCAGUUGCUGGCUACCCCAUUGAUUCUAUUGUCUGGGAGAGAGAUAACCGUGCCCUGCCCAUCAACCGCAAACAGAAGGUCUUCCCCAACGGAACACUUAUCAUCGAGAACGUCGAACGCAACUCCGACCAGGCGACCUACACCUGCGUGGCCAAGAACCAGGAAGGAUACUCUGCUCGCGGCUCCCUGGAAGUACAAGUCAUGGUCCCGCCACAGAUAGUGCCCUUCGAUUUCGGGGAGGAGACCAUCAACAUGAACGACAUGGUCUCGGCCACUUGCACGGUAAACAAGGGCGACACUCCGCUCGAGCUGUACUGGACCACAGCGCCGGACCCGACCACGGGAGUGGGUCGUCUCAUGUCCAACGACGGCAUACUGAUCACCAAGACGACCCAGCGCAUCAGCAUGCUGAGCAUUGAGUCCGUGCAUGCCCGGCACCGGGCCAACUAUACAUGCGUGGCCAGGAACGCGGCCGGGGUCAUCUAUCACACGGCGGAGCUGCGGGUCAACGUACCCCCAAGAUGGAUCCUCGAACCCACCGACAAAGCCUUUGCCCAGGGAUCAGAUGCUAAAGUUGAAUGCAAAGCCGAUGGAUUCCCCAAGCCCCAAGUCACAUGGAAGAAAGCUGUUGGUGAUACCCCUGGAGAGUACAAGGACCUGAAGAAGAACGACAAUAUUCGCGUAGAAGAAGGCACCCUCCACAUCGACAAUAUCCAGAAGACCAACGAAGGCUACUACCUGUGCGAAGCUAUCAACGGCAUCGGCUCUGGACUCUCGGCAGUGAUCAUGAUCAGUGUCCAGGCCCCACCAGAGUUCACCGAGAAGCUGAGAAACCAGACCGCCCGACGAGGAGAACCCGCCGUACUGCAGUGCGAGGCCAAGGGAGAGAAGCCCAUCGGAAUUUUAUGGAACAUGAACAACAUGCGCCUGGACCCCAAGAACGACAACCGCUACACCAUUCGCGAGGAGAUCCUGUCCACCGGCGUCAUGUCCAGCUUGUCCAUCAAGCGUACCGAAAGGUCUGACUCCGCCCUGUUCACCUGCGUGGCCACCAAUGCCUUUGGAUCCGACGAUGCCAGCAUCAAUAUGAUUGUUCAGGAAGUGCCCGAGAUGCCCUACGCCUUGAAGGUCUUAGACAAGUCCGGCCGAUCUGUGCAGCUCAGCUGGGCCCAACCCUACGAUGGAAACUCGCCCCUGGACCGGUACAUCAUUGAGUUCAAGCGUUCCCGCGCCUCCUGGAGUGAAAUCGAUCGAGUCAUCGUGCCCGGACACACCACCGAAGCCCAAGUCCAGAAGCUCAGCCCGGCAACCACAUACAACAUUCGCAUCGUCGCCGAGAACGCCAUUGGAACCUCUCAGUCCUCCGAGGCAGUGACCAUCAUCACCGCCGAAGAAGCUCCUUCCGGCAAGCCACAGAACAUCAAGGUGGAACCCGUGAACCAGACCACCAUGCGGGUCACCUGGAAGCCACCACCACGCACCGAAUGGAAUGGCGAAAUCCUGGGCUACUAUGUCGGCUACAAGCUAUCAAACACCAACUCCUCAUACGUCUUCGAGACCAUUAACUUCAUCACCGAGGAGGGCAAGGAGCACAACCUGGAACUGCAGAACCUGCGCGUCUACACCCAGUACUCUGUGGUGAUCCAAGCCUUCAACAAGAUCGGAGCCGGCCCUCUGAGCGAGGAAGAGAAACAAUUCACUGCCGAAGGUACACCCAGCCAGCCCCCCAGCGACACUGCCUGCACAACCUUGACCUCCCAGACCAUCCGCGUCAGCUGGGUGAGCCCGCCCCUGGAGUCCGCCAACGGAGUGAUCAAGACUUACAAGGUUGUCUAUGCCCCCAGCGAUGAGUGGUAUGAUGAGACCAAGCGUCACUACAAGAAGACUGCCUCCUCGGACACCGUUCUCCAUGGGCUGAAGAAGUACACCAACUACACCAUGCAAGUCCUGGCCACCACAGCCGGAGGUGAUGGAGUUCGCAGCGUGCCCAUUCACUGCCAAACCGAACCAGAUGUUCCCGAAGCUCCCACCGAUGUCAAGGCCCUGGUUAUGGGCAAUGCCGCCAUUCUUGUUUCUUGGAGAUCACCAGCACAGCCCAACGGAAUCAUCACCCAGUACACUGUUUACUCAAAGGCCGAAGGCGCUGAAACCGAGACCAAGACCCAGAAGGUGCCCCACUACCAGAUGAGCUUCGAGGCCACAGAACUGGAGAAGAACAAGCCAUACGAAUUCUGGGUAACUGCCAGCACGACUAUUGGCGAGGGUCAGCAAUCCAAGAGUAUUGUGGCCAUGCCCAGUGACCAGGUGCCCGCCAAGAUCGCCUCCUUCGACGACACCUUCAACGCCACCUUCAAGGAGGACGCCAAGAUGCCCUGCCUGGCUGUCGGUGCCCCCCAACCAGAAAUCACCUGGAAGAUCAAGGGAGUGGAGUUCAGCGCCAAUGAUCGUAUGCGUGUCCUCCCCGAUGGAUCUCUUCUGAUCAAAUCCGUGAAUCGCCAGGAUGCCGGCGACUAUUCCUGCCAUGCUGAGAACUCGAUUGCCAAGGACUCGAUCACCCACAAGCUCAUCGUUUUAGCUCCCCCCCAGUCGCCCCAUGUCACGCUCUCGGCCACCACCACAGAUGCUCUGACAGUGAAACUAAAGCCCCAUGAGGGAGACACUGCUCCUCUGCACGGAUACACUCUGCACUACAAACCAGAAUUCGGCGAAUGGGAAACUGCUGAAGUAUCCGUGGACUCACAGAAGCACAACAUUGAGAAUCUACUCUGCGGAUCCCGCUAUCAGGUCUAUGCCACAGGGUUCAACAACAUUGGAGCUGGAGAGGCUUCUGAUAUUCUGAACACCCGCACCAAGGGCCAAAAGCCCAAGUUGCCUGAAAAACCACGUUUCAUCGAAGUGUCUUCCAACUCUGUGUCCCUGCACUUCAAGGCCUGGAAAGAUGGUGGCUGCCCCAUGUCCCACUUUGUUGUUGAGAGCAAGAAGCGCGACCAAAUCGAAUGGAACCAGAUCUCCAACAAUGUCAAGCCCGACAACAACUACGUGGUUUUGGAUCUCGAGCCCGCCACCUGGUACAACCUGAGAAUCACCGCCCACAACUCUGCUGGAUUCACGGUUGCCGAAUACGACUUUGCCACACUGACAGUCACCGGAGGCACCAUUGCCCCUCUUGAUGAUGGAACGGGGCAUGGCAAUGUCCAUACCCGCAUCCGCCUGCCCGCCUGGAUGCCCGAGUGGCUCGACCUGAACUUCAUGGUGCCCCUGAUAGCCACCGUGGUGGUGGUGGCCGUGGGCAUCUGUGUGGUGUGUGUGGCACUGUCCCGGCGACGAGCGGACGAUAUGCGUGGUGGCCAGAAGGAUGUGUAUUACGAUGUAGUUUACAAUCAGACAAUGGGACCCGGCGCAACCCUGGACAAACGUCGUCCUGAUCUGCGGGACGAGCUCGGAUACAUUGCCCCACCCAACCGGAAGCUGCCCCCCGUUCCCGGAUCCAACUACAACACCUGCGACCGGAUUAAGCGAGGCCGUGGUGGCUUGCGCUCGAACCACUCCACCUGGGAUCCGCGUCGUAAUCCCAAUCUGUACGAGGAACUGAAGGCCCCGCCAGUGCCCAUGCACGGCAAUCACUAUGGUCAUGCCCAUGGCAAUGUUGAGUGCCACUACAGGCAUCCAGGCAUGGAGGAUGAAAUUUGCCCAUAUGCCACCUUCCACUUGCUCGGAUUCCGCGAGGAAAUGGAUCCCACCAAGGCCAUGAACUUCCAGACCUUCCCACACCAGAACGGACAUGCGGGUCCAGUUCCCGGACACGCCGGCACCAUGCUCCCGCCCGGACACCCCGGCCAUGUGCACUCCCGUUCCGGAUCUCAGUCCAUGCCCCGUGCCAAUCGGUACCAGCGCAAGAACAGCCAAGGAGGACAGUCUUCGAUCUACACACCAGCUCCCGAAUACGAUGAUCCAGCCAACUGUGCCGAAGAGGAUCAAUAUCGCCGCUACACUCGCGUCAACUCUCAGGGAGGCAGCCUGUACUCCGGGCCUGGACCCGAAUAUGAUGAUCCCGCCAACUGUGCUCCCGAGGAGGAUCAGUAUGGCUCGCAGUACGGAGGCCCCUAUGGACAGCCCUACGAUCACUAUGGUUCCCGAGGCUCCAUGGGUCGUCGCAGCAUUGGCUCGGCUCGUAACCCUGGCAAUGGAUCCCCUGAACCUCCACCACCACCACCACGUAACCACGACAUGAGCAACUCCUCAUUCAACGACUCCAAGGAGAGUAACGAGAUCUCAGAGGCCGAGUGCGAUCGCGAUCAUGGACCCCGCGGCAACUAUGGCGCUGUGAAGCGAUCCCCCCAACCAAAAGAUCAGCGCACCACCGAAGAAAUGCGUAAACUGAUUGAGAGAAACGAAGCCGGCCCAAAACAACUCCAACUCCAACAAACAAAUGGCGCAGGAUUCACAGCCUACGAUACUAUGGCAGUGUAAUUUGUAAGCCCAUCCUGUCGAAGAUGGAAGUGGCUUUUUAGCUUAGCGAUCUAAGGGCAUGAAGUGCGUGGGAGUUGAAUGACACUCAGACACAAACAGAAACACAUACAGAUCAUCACUGCGAGGGCAGGAAGAAAGAUGAAUAUAUAUCCCAUAUACACGUAUAAUUAUUCAACUAUUUCAAGUAAUUAUAAAGGGGAUAAUGCCACGAAAUUUUGAAAAGCAUAUUUACAUAUAUAAAGUCUACGCAAGCAGUAAACCAAACAAGCAUACGAUAUAUAAGUACAUCCAUAAACACAUAAAAUAUAAAUGAAUAACUAUCAUAAGUGUGUGCAGAAUAUUACUAAAGUUAUACCACGAAUAAUAUGAACGAUCAGUAGUGAAAACAAAAAACAAAACAAACAAAAAGAAAUCUGAAAAACAUACUU